AUGGCUCCAAAGAUGCAACAGACUAAGGCUGCGAAAGCAGCCGCCGCUUUAGCUGGUGGUAAGAAAGGUAAGAAGAAGUGGAAUAAGGGUAAGGUUAAGGAUAAGGCUCAACACGUUGUUCUCUUAGACCAAGACAAAUACGACAGAAUUAUGAAGGAUGUCCCAACUUACAAGUACGUUUCUGUCUCCGUUUUAGUUGAUAGAUUAAAGAUUGGUGGUUCUGUUGCUAGAGUUGCUUUAAGACAAUUAGAAAGAGAUGGUAUCAUCACUCCAGUCGUCAAACACUCUAAACAAGCUAUCUACACUCGUGCUGAAUAA